GUAUUAUUAUUGGAAGCUGGUAUAGAAGAACCAGAGGUAGCUGGGAUUCCGGGUUUCGCCUUCAAUUUACCAGGGAGCAAUAUCGACUGGAUGUAUCACACACAACCGCAGAAAUAUGCCUGUCUAUCCAAAAACAGCAAGGAAUGCGUAACCCCAAGGGGCAAACAUGAAAAAAAGUUUCAUCCGUACCGUUUACCUAUACACCCAAAUCUUCACAGAACAUAUUCUCGUGUUCACAUGCGUCUUUAUCAGUGCGAUUUUCAACAAUACGAGACCAUUCUUUGGAAGAAAAACUGAUAGUGUUUUUCAUAUUUGGGCCUUUAAAAGCUUAUUAUCACAUUCACAGGUGAUGGGUGGUUCCAGUACUAUUAAUACGAUGAUAUACAUUCGUGGAAACGCAAGAGACUACGAUGGAUGGGCAGAAAAAGGAAAUUAUGGCUGGAGUUACGAAGAUGUUCUACCAUACUUUCUGAAAUCAGAAAAUAAUAGGGAUCCAGAGAUAGUAAAGGAAAAUCCACACUACCAUAGUCAAGGUGGUUACCAAUCGGUCGAACGAUUCCCGUACACCGACAUCAACACCGACAUCUUGCUGGACGCAUGGCAAGAACUCGGUUACGAACUCCUAGAUACAGAAUCAUACGUCACGAAAUUGCUUGUAGACAAUAAAGCGAAACGUGUAAUAGGUGUCGAAUAUACUUCAGAAAGCAACCGAACUAAAUUAAGCACAGUUUUUGCUAGAAAAGAAGUGAUUCUCUCAGCUGGAUCCAUUAAUUCUCCAAAAAUCCUUAUGCUCUCUGGAAUAGGACCAGGUGAAGAAUUAAAGAAAUACGGUAUUCAAGUAAUUGGUAAUUUAUCAGUUGGGAGGAACCUUCAAGAUCAUGUAGCAACAAGUGGUCUUGUAAUUGCCCUAAAUGUUACUUCCACUAAUGAGAACAUGUCCAUGAUUGAAGAGCACAUUUCCUAUUAUGAGAAGACACAUAGAGGACCAUUAUCUGCAACUGGUGUAGCCACGUCCUGUGUUUUCACACAAACAACGUAUCAACACGAAAAAGGAGUACCAGAUAUACAAUUUUUAUUCCUGGGUGCUAAUCGAAAAGAUUUCUUAAGUGAUCCAGAAGAAUCUUUUGAUGUAACAGUCAACCCGGUCUCUUACUAUAAUGCUAUUUAUAUUGUACCAAUUCUAUUAUCGCCCAAAAGCAGGGGGUUUAUACUACUGAACGAAAGUGAUCCUUUGUGGAGUGCACCCUUAAUUUAUCCUAGGUUUUUUACCAGUGAUCCAGAUUUGGACGUUUUAGCGGAAAGUGUAGGAAUAGCUCUAAAAUUGUUUGAUACAGAAUCGUUUAAGAAAUAUGAUUUUAAAUUGAUCGAUAAACCUUUGCCUGCUUGCAAA